UAGGACUCGUAAUGGCGGAAAGCCAACGUUGGGAUCGCGACAGCACGUGACCUCUGCACGGGGAAGGUCCGGGCGUGGCCUUCCCACGUAGCUCAAAUCCACCUUUUCCCCUGACAGCCAUGUCUAUAUCAUUGCUGCCCAAGGAGCUCCGCCUGCAGAUUUGGUCACUCGCAUACCAGAACGAGCCGCCUCGCCUGGUUGCGCUGGAGACAAAGCCACACGAUGAAACUCAUGACGAAACGCACUUUUGCCCACGGUACUCUCCUAGCCCUGCGCCGACGGUGGUAAACAUAUGUCACGAGUCGCGCGAAGAGGCUCGUUACCAAGCUAUCAAAGCGGACCAUAUCGUGGAGCUGGCAUCGGAUAUUCCGGGUACCCGAGGUGGCGAAUUCUACUUCCGUAUCGAUACCGACAUUCUGUUGGUACAGCUCGAAGGGAAGCGUGUGAAGCAUUAUGACGACUCGCCCGAAGUAGGGUUACUGGCUCACUUCGGACAUGCGACGGGCUGCAAUCCCCAAGAGCUGCGAAAAGUCGCCGUAACAAAAGUAAUACUGAACGGAUUUCGAGACGGUAGCCUAUCCAACGUCCUUCGCGAGUUCACGAAAAUUUCGCAUAUGGUGAUGAUACUCACAGAAGACAUAUGGGAAAAGGAUAUGGAGAAAGAGCUAUUUGUUCGUGCUGCUGCGAGGAUAGUGCGCAUGUACAAGCUCGAUUUGAUGAACCGAGCCAGCAGCCAAGGGCAGACAUUCAAGCCGCAUCCUUUCGACGUAGAUUUUGCAAGACUUCGUCACGGCCAGUUGGAUAUAAUACCGAAAGAUAUUUGGAGAGAUUGGAGCGAUGGAGGAGAUGAAUGGGCGACGCUCGACAACUCCGAGCCAUUUUGGUAGUCUACGGAACAUCAUGAUAUAUCCGAUCACCUUCCUCCGGUAGUUGGAGAAAAUCGGGCGGUGUAUCUUCCACUGCCGGUAGCUGAUGCUUUUCUGCCCAAUCCCUAAUCGCAUCAAAGUUCCGACACGUAUGGACGGUAUUGAAGUCGACAAAGGCUUGCAAUGGUUUGUCCGGAGGUUGAUACCAUACUUGGCCCAGAACGCCGUUAUCAACCGUACACAUGAGCUGCUGACGCAAGAUAUCAAGGCAAUGUGCUGGAAGUGAAUGUUCCCAUCGUUGGAGAACGGACCGAGCCCUUGCUUCUGAUAGUACUCGAAAUUCCAAGACAAGGACUUUCGCAACAGAUUCUAUAUAUGAUGGUGCAAGCCUUCCACGUGUGCGGGAUAUCCA